CGUUUAGGCUUUUGAAAAAGAAAAGAAUCUAUAUAUCCGGGCUAUUCGAUCCCAACCGUCAGAUCCAUGGACCCUUUCACGAAUACGAAUACUCGCGUGUGUCGCCUCUCCCCACAAGGCAGACAGACCUCCUCCGCAGGGUCCAGCUUCGUGAUUCCGUUCCUUUGGGCUGAAUACAACUGUUUCCACAAGUUUAAGAGUUAUGGAUCAACCAUCCAUUGAGGAUGUACGACGACAACAUGGCCUCAUCAUUACCUCUGCUAUCAUGAUAGCCAUGGCCAUGCUGUUCGUCCUCCUCCGAUGCAUCAGCAGGUUCAUCCUUGUCCGAACUCCCGGCCCAGAUGACUACUUCAUCAUUGCUGCUAUGACCCUCACUCUUGGCUACCUCAUCAACCUUAUCAUCCUCACGCACAAUGGCAUCGGGAUGCCAAUGUCGACGCUCACUCUAGAUAACAUGGUCAACUUUCUCAAGAUCACUCUCGCUAUCCAAGCCAUGUACUAUGCCAACAUCUUUUGCAUCAAGGUGUCCAUCCUCUUUACCUACAUCCGGUUUGCCGUAACACGCACCUUUCGUUACCUUUGCAUAGGAACAAUCAUCUUGCACGUUGUUUUCCUUCUUGUUUGCAUUAUUACUACUCUGUUACAAUGCCAGCCUCUUCACAAGAUGUGGGACUUUACCGGCGCUGUCGAAGGCACCUGCAUCAAUACAACGGCCUUCUUUUACUUCACAUCCGGCUUCAACAUCCUCACCGACCUCUGGAUCCUCCUCCUCCCCAUCUCCACCCUCCGCGGGAUCAAUCGACCCACCCGCGAAAAGAUUGCCCUCUUCCUCAUCUUCGGGGUCGGCACCUUCGCAGCCGUCGCCUCCAUCGUCCGCCUGCACACCAUCUACACCUACACCCUAGCCGAUGACCCGUUUCACGAGGGAAUCAAAGUCAACCUCUGGUCAGUAAUCGAGCUGACCAUCGCCAUCUCAUGCGCCAGUGUCAGCGCGUUGAAGCCCAUCUUCAGUGGACGACAAAGGAAACUCACCAGGGGAGCGAGGAGAGGAAGGGGAGGUGGUUAUAGCUACGGGAGCUACGGGACGGGGACGUGGUCGCGGGUGGAUAACACCGGGAAGGGCACCGUUUCAGGUUCAGGAGGGAGUAGGAGUACAGGGACGUGGCUUACGAAGAAGAGUAAGGGGAGUAAUGGUGGAUUGGGAACGCAGUCCAGCGAGGACGGAUUACAUGGCGAAGAGGAAGCUGAGCUGCAAACGCUUGGCUCACACGCCGAUAGCCACGCUGACGAUCAGGCUGCAGAGAAAGAGAGGGAGAAGGAGCUCACGCCUGCGCAUAAGGAGUAUCGCCGGUGGGCGCACUCCUCCCAUACGAGACUAGGAAGCCGUGAUGGCCAACAACCGCACCAUACACGGCAACACUCCCGCCAACAAUCCACCUCGCUCUCCUCCCCCAACGGCCAAAACCUGCCCACCCCCGACGGAAGCACAGCCGACAGCGCCUCCCUCCCCAUCCAACGCCCCAAACCCGCAGCCAUCGCCAUAAACCAGACCCGCCCAUUGUCACCACCACCACCACCGCUGUCGCCUAGCCACAUGGCCCACUUCGGGUAUCAGGGACCUGGACAGCAGCAGCAAUACGAGGCUCAGGUGGGGAAUAAUCAGGAACCCGGUAGAUGGGUAGAAGUAGAAACGGCCGCCACGAGAACUGUGUAUACACAGGGCGGGGAGGUGAGGAUUACGCCGUUGCAUAGACCUGGGGGCGGCGGUGCUAGGGGGAGGAAGAUGGAGAGGGGGAUGUCGGUUUCGGAGAGUAAGGGGCAGCCGCAGGGGCAGGGUUCUGUGUGGUCUGGACAAAGACAGGGACAGGAGGGGAUGGGGAUAUGGGCGGGACAGGAGGUUAGGCAGGAGGUUAAUAACGAAUGGCCGGGAAUGGUCAAGAGGGCGAGUAGUUCGGAGAGUCUUUUGGUGUUGCAGAAGUAAAUACUUUGCCCUACUGCCUGCUUAAUACAUGUUAUGUUUGUUGACA